GGAGCCGCAGAUACCCUGACGGCGGAAACCUGGGACACUUUCAUCGGUGAAUCUGCGGCUCGUUAUACCGGAGCCUGUGACACGAAUCGGCGAUGGAAAAUAAACGAGCGAUAAAUUUUGGCGCGGGACCCGCAAAACUCCCACAAUCCGUACUUCUGGAGGCACAAAAUGAGCUGCUGAAUUACAAUGGAAUCGGGAUUAGUGUUCUGGAAAUGAGUCACCGGUCUUCAGACUUUGGAAAAAUCAUUAACAACACGGAAAGUCUUUUGCGCGAACUAAUGAACAUACCGGAGAACUACAAGGUGAUCUUUCUGCAGGGUGGGGGCUCUGCCCAGUUCAGUGCCGUGCCCCUCAACCUGAUAGGUCUGAAGGGGGAUCGCUGUGCUGAUUAUUUUGUCACAGGCACGUGGUCGGCCAAGGCGGCGAAGGAGGCAGAGAAGUAUGGCAGGAUUAACAUUGUCCACCCUAAGAUGGGCAGUUACACAAAGGUUCCCAGCAGCUGGACGCUGAAUCCCUCAGCCUCUUACGUGUAUUAUUGCUCCAACGAAACAGUCCACGGGGUGGAGUACAAAUCUGUCCCGGACACUAAAGGGGUCGUGCUUGUCAGUGACAUGUCGUCCAACUUCCUGUCACGACCUGUCGACGUGUCAAAGUUUGGCCUGAUCUUCGCUGGGGCUCAGAAGAACGUAGGCUGUGCUGGAGUAACCGUCGUCAUCGUGAGAGAAGACCUCCUGGGAAAGGCGCUGAAGGAGUGCCCCGCCGUCUUGGACUACGGCGUUCAGGCCGCAAAUGCCUCUCUGUACAACACCCCUCCCUGUUUCAGCAUCUACAUCAUGGGUCUGGUUCUGGAGUGGAUCAAGAACAAUGGUGGAACUGCAGCUAUGGAAAGGCUCAACAAGGAGAAAUCAGGCACGAUCUAUGACAUAAUUAAUGGAUCCAAUGGAUUCUAUGUGUGUCCGGUGGAUGAGAGCUGCCGGAGCUGCAUGAACAUCCCGUUCCGUAUCGGAAAGAAAGAGGGAGAUGAAGCCCUGGAGAAGAAGUUCCUGGAUGGGGCCUCCAAGUUGGGAAUGAUCUCCCUGAAAGGACACAGGUCCGUCGGGGGCAUCAGAGCAUCACUGUACAACGCCGUGACCCUGGAGGAUGUGUCCGCGCUUGCGGCCUACAUGAAGCAGUUCCUGAAGGAGCACCAGUAGCAAUGGACGUGGAUCACCAACUGCUUCCUGACCAUUAUGUUGAUAGAUUUACUAAUAUCAGGCCUCGGCCUGUGCACAAAGUCGGGUGCACUGUACAGUAUGAUCUGGCAAGCUAUGUAAUCCCAGACAUCUCUGGUGUGACCUCCUCAGGCUUGGCUCUGAGAUCUCCUUGCACGUGCUAGGUGCAGUAUCAUAGAUCAGUGUUUUCAAAAAUGAUUCUACUCGUCAUUUAUCAAGGCCAUUUACGAAGCUUAUUCUAAAUUUCCAUGUUCUUAAGUCUGUGCGAGGCUCUAAAAUAUAAAACCUAUCUGCUAUGUUUGUACUUUAAGAUAGUGAUCCUGUUAUUAAUGCUUCACUUCAUGAACUUCUUACAGCGGUGAGAUGACAUUUUUUAAGAAAACUGGAUAAUUUGCACAUUGGGGUCUGAUAGACCCCAGGAUUGAUUUUUCUUUUUUUUUCUUUGUCGUAGGGGCUUCUGAAAGAUUUUACUUUUUAUUAAGCGGAAAAUGUAAGAUCCAUGUACCCAUGUGAAAACCACACUGGUAGUCUGUAUGUUCUGUGCUUUGUAUAUUUAGCUUUUAUUUGGUGUAUCUCAGAUAAGCUUUUAACAGUGGCUGUUUUAAGAUGGCACAUGCUCCUCCGUUAGCCCGCAAAGCCUGUGUGUUAGCCUGUAUACCAGUACUGAGCUGCUUUUGGUCUCAGUACUUCUAUCCCCUGUGAACAUCUCCUGUGGCACUAACCCUAAUAAAUGCAUUCUGGCAGUGUGGA